GGAACACCCUAAUUAAUAAGAUCAGAGCUUUUACCGAUUUACACAUCCCUGGUUCCCGCAAAGAGCCGUUAUAUGGAAAGCAUGCAGAAUGGGUGAAAUAAAUGCCCUUAACUGCGUGGGACAAGAUGAUGUAGUGUCCCUGCGGAUCGUCUGUACAAUGGCACGCGAUGGCAGACAGUACAACCUCGAGGAAGUGGACAGCUACGGAAACACCGCCCUUCUGAAGGCCUGUUACUUGGGAAGAUUCGAUUGUGCCCGCACUCUUCUGGAGUUCGGCGGAAACAUCUUUGCCAUUAACUAUUUUGGCCAAAACGCUCUUACUCUGGCGAGCUAUGCUGGCCAUUUGCCCUUGGUUAAGGAGCUCCUACGACGACGUUCCUAUAUGGACUUCAACCUAUCCUCUAUGAUCCCGGCUCUCUGCGUGGCCACAAUGCAAAAACAUUCCGCCCUGGAGGCAUACUUUACUCAAUUGGAUCCACAGGGAGUACAGGAAACUCAAACAGUGCAUGGUCUUGGUGUUGAAGAACUGCGAGGAAUGACGAAGCUAGCAGCACGAUUAAACAAGCAGCAAAUGUCCGCGCCCCGAAAUUUUCUAAGUAAUCGUCUCCGUUGAAAAUAUGUAACUUGAAUAUUUAAAAGUUUUGUAAUUUGUCUACUUAAAAAAUAUAUCUGUCUUAGAGUG